AGCACGACAGGCGGUCCCACGUGGCGUCGUCGCUUAGCAACAUUUCAAACUUUCCUCAGUCAGUGCAAACAAAACAAGUCAGACCUAGUCAUUGUUUCUGUUCUUGCUGAAUAAAGUUAACCUUAUCUUUCGCAGCGAGCGAUAACUGAAUGGAAAAGGAAUAGCUCAUGAAACAAUGUCGAAGCAGCCAGCAAAGAAAAAGGAAUCUUUAUCCAGUCGCGUCCCUUCAUCGCAAGGACAAUCGCCCACUAAAGAGGUCUCCUCAUUAGUGGUCAGUGCAUCAGAGGGCCCAGGGGACCUGAAGAGGAGCCGCUUCCCUAUCUGGCCUGAAUGGAAUGAGGCUGAGGUCAGUGCAGAGAAAUGGGACGCAGCCAAAGGGGCAAAGGAUGGAAAAGCAGGGAAGAGUCCACUCAGUCAAUUCUUUGAGGACCCAGAGGGGAAGGUUGAGCUCCCAGCAUCUUUAAAAGUUCACACCUGGAAACGCCCUUCAGAGUACAUAGUAAACAAGACUCUGGUGGUAGUGGAGAAUGAAUCAACCUUUGAUCUCACUUCAGCUAAUGAGCAUUUGCUCUCAAGUGAGCUCAUGCGCUGGAUCAUCAGUGAGAUCUACAUUGUGUGGAAAGUCUGCAGUGGAGCAGUAGGAAUGGCAAGUGAGGCUCCUAAUCCCUGGAGGCCAUGGGAACAUAUCUAUUCCCUAUGUAAAGUGACGAAGGACCACGUGCCCCAAUACAAUAUCUAUGGGAAGUACGUGGUUAGACUAUACUGGAUGGGUUGCUGGAGGAAGAUCACUAUUGAUGACUUUUUGCCAUUUGAUGAGAAGAGCAAUCUGCUGCUUCCAGCUACCACUAACCAGUCAGAGCUUUGGCCUAUGCUGCUGACUAAAGCUAUCCUUAAGCUAGCCAGUACGGAUGUGGUGCCAAGCCCCGGGAGAGAGCUGGGAGAGUUCACUGUCAUCCACUGUCUGACUGGCUGGAUACCAGAGAUAAUACCCCUUCAAUCCCGAUAUGUGGGAAAAGUGUGGGAAUUCCUGAAGAAUGCCAUUCCGAGGUUCCAGAUCAUGGAGGAGAGCUCAGAAGAAAGGACCUCAUCGGCCGACAUCACUCCUGCUAAAGAUUCACAGGACAAUGAAUGUAACAUUGAGUCACCUACUCCGAGCAAGGAAAAUCACAAAGAGAAAAGGAAAAGCAAAGAUGGGGACAAAGACAGAAAGACCACCCAAUCCAAAGAACCAACCUCCACCCAGCCAAAUACUACCACUCAACCUACAGCUGACAGCAGCAUGCCUCCUCCUGCUCCUCAGAUGGUAGUGUGUGCCAGUUACCAGCCGUUGCACCUGCAGGAGAAGAGGACCUCCGUGCUGGGCCAGAUGUCAGACUCGUCAGAGAGACUGAGGCAGUAUGGGCUCUCCCAGCUCUACAGUCACCCCGUGCUGCUCACACGAACCAGAGCCUGCCCCCUUGUGGCUGCCCCAAAAUCACCCCCUGUGCCUCGCUGGAAACUUAUCCGCCCUCGAAAGGAGAGGAACAUCACUGAUGAACCCAAGGAGACUCCAGUCCAGAAGCCUGAACAGUACAUAGAGGUGGCUAGUCCCUUCAUCAACUUCAAACUCAUGACCAUGGCUGGACUGCUUCAACAGGAUUCUCAACCAAAUGGCAACAGGAGGCGGGCGUGUAGCUUUAAUCUGGCUUCAUUCAAUGAGACAGAGGAGAGCGAGGGUCCCAACCCCACCCAGCACAACAUCACAGACAACAGCCUCAACUCACUGGAUGCUUUGGAAAGCACCGAGGUAACAGCAAAGCACAAGAAGAAGGACGAAAUCAUCACUCAAGAUGCUGAGACAUUGCCAGUGCCUGACACAGAAAAAGAGAAAGCAGAAGAAAAGGAGAGAGUGCAGACAACUAAAGAAUCAAGCCAUGACCCACUACAGUCCCAGGAGGUGUUUGUGCAGGAAAAAGUCAUGCUCCAGGACACCUGGGUCCACCUGCAGGACUUCCCUAAAUGCUUCCAGACACUGCUUGUUUUUCACAAGCCAGAUGCUUACGCUCAUCACGUUCAGAAGUCACAGUUUAAGAGCACCAUUGCACCUAGAGUGUCUGCCACUGCUCUGCCAAACACAGUAGGCUCAACCAACUUUCCAGCCUCAGGGAGACUGCCAGACUCUUCUGGAGCAAGACAGAUGCAGGGUCUGGAUGAGAAGAGCUGUCACUUUCUGUUUGUGGAUAGCCUGUUACCUACAGAGAUUUUCAUCUGUUUCUCAGCACUGGUACGCUGGGGAGACUCCAUGAAUGAGAACAAGGAGUAUGUAUUCAGGCCUGGGAUUCUGAUGGCUGAACCUUUCUCCUGGAAGAGCAUUGAAGCCCAGUUUCCUGAGAUUCAUAUCCAGACCACUGCCUGCAAAGCAGAGCUUCUUUCUCUGCCAGCAGGACGUCACCUUUUUUGUAUCCACACGAGGGCACUGUUAGGUUUCCAUCUACAGCUAUACAGCAGGACCUCUUUCAUGUUUGGAGAAGAGGACGUAGUGAUGCCCCACCUUAAUAAGGAGAGUUUGAGGUUCUGUGAGCAGGCUGGGUUGAUUCUUAAAGCUCUAGGUGGAGUGGUCAGCUCUUUCUCUGACCCACAAGAGCUGCCUUCAGCCACCAGGUCGCUGGAGGAGGCCAUCUGCCCUCCAUCAGACAGCAAAGUGGCAAACAGAGAGCACUGGAAGGUUUUUAAUGAAGCAGUGUGUCAUAUGUUCUGCUCUGUGUUGGGGCGGAAGUUAACCUCUGAAGAGCUGUUUGCAGUGCAGGCCCUGACUAGAGACCCUGCACUCAAUUGCAGCAGCACAAUGGACACACAAGACACACUUUCAACAGAUGGUGCUCCAAGGGGCUGGAGCGGUAGGCAGGCCACGGAGCAAGAGAAGCAGGCGGCCAUCAUCCUGCAGGCCGGCUGGAAGGGCUACCUGGUGAGAGAAAUCAUCAGUGCUGCCAGACCAGGCUCUGAGGAGAAUCUGAAAGUUGCUCAGACUCUGCUGAAAAUGUGGGCUUCUGUGGAGUUGGAUAUGGAGAAACAUACUGUGUCUUUAUUGAGGUACAUGAUCACUAAUAAUGAACGAAUGAUGGAGUUAUUUCCUUGCAGAGAGGAUGAGUGGACCAGAAUAACCUUUGUUGACUACUCUGUUCCUCUCCCUGAGAUAUCCAACUCCUGGAUGCUGCUCUUUAGGGAGGUGUUCCAUGUUCCUAAAGCUCUGCUCCUGGUGGCUAAGAUGUACUCUCCUCUACCUGCCUGCAUUCUGCAUGUCAUUGAUAAUGAUACUGGAGAAGAAUUACCUAGAGUUUUCCACAGAGUUGAGCCAUAUGUAUACACCCCAAAUAAGGCUGGCUACACGUUUUUGGCAGAGGCGCAUACUGGGGACACGCCACUGGUAGGAGGGAAGUGGCGAAUGCGACUGAUUGGUUGUCGAGAGCCACUGCCCCAACUGGCCAGAGAGGCACCAGCCACUAACUUCUCAGUGAAGGAGUUCAAAGAUUAUUACGUCCCUAAUGAGAAGAACAUUAUCUGCAGGCACACAGUGAAGGUGUCAGGUGAUCAUGUAGCCACAGUGCAGUUCCAGACAUCAAAAGCUGAUGUCCAUAUUAAACUUAGCAUCCUGGACCACGAGAAAGAGGUGGCAAGCAAACAGGGCAGAGGUCAUGUCAUCAUUCCUGUCUACUGCUUUUCAGCAAGCAAAGACUCUUCCGGCAGUGCCGAUGAGUGUGCGGGGGCGCAGCGGUCUCAGGACGGCCCUGACGGGGGUCAGAGAGAAGGAGGUGCAGAAGGAAAGGCGGUGGGGAAUGAGGACUGUCCUCCCCCUGCCUCUGAGCGGUUCCCUGCCGAACUGGUAUCCAUCAAUGCAGACAAACUCUUGUUCAUCACUGUCACUGAUACUGUGCCCUGCAUGUGUCUGUCUGUCUCAGAGAAGGAAUGUGGUAUCUGGGUUUUGUUUUUAUGUGACAACACAUACAUGGUUGUUUUUUAUAGCCCAGUCUCAUUAUAUGUGUCUGUUUGUGGUUUUGUGGUUUUGUCUCAGGGUCAUAAAUACAUUGUUCAGGCUGAGGUGCUUCACAAGAGCUGGCCUCUGGAUGACUCACUGUCAGACUUUAUCCAGACCCUCAGAUAUAUGGAGCAAAAUGAGAUGAGAGUGGGCGGAGAAAAGCCAGAGGAUCUCACCACACCUGCCAACAGCGAGGCACAGAAAUUAGCCAUGCCUAAAACCACCCGUAAGUCCAAAGAGAAGGACAAAGACAAAUCUACAUUCAAGCCAGGCUCCAGGAUGGAACAAAAUCUGGACAUGAGUAAACCUCACUGGAUUCUCCGUCUGGUCACUGAGCUUUCGGAUACAGAGGGGAUGGAGGUGAGAAAGGACACAGAAAGACUGGACCAAAUCAGAGCCAUCAAACUAGCCUGGGAGGCUGCUGAGCCAGGAAGAGCAGUUAAGGCUCUUCAGUCCCGCCUCCAGUUCAUUAACAAACAUCUGAGGACACUUGAGGAUGCAGCAGAAGGAGCCGAGAUCAUUACUGCCGAGACAGGUGUUCAGUCUCAGUCCCCUUCCACUCCCUCCAGCUGUGAAGACAGUGUAACUGUUCACCAGAAAUACAAUUAUGUCAUGGACUACACACCUUUCAUCAGGAGGACUGGCAAGCAGGUUCGCCUGAAGGAUGCACUGAUAGAAGAGGAACAAAGAAAGGAACGUUCUGAGAGGAUUCAGAGCUUCCGCCUGCUCCGAGACACGGUGCUAGAACACCGCAAACAGGAGCUGAUCUCUCGUAGGGAGCUGAAGAGGAGACAGCUGGAGACUUAUGAUGGCCUACAGGGGGCUCUAGCCGAGCAAAGGCAGAAGAUCCUGGAGGCUCGUGAGGCACUCCGCUCCCGCCUCCUAGAGGAAGAGUCUAGGAAGAGAGAGGCAGUGUUAGCCCUCGAGACAACCCGACAGGCUGAACUGGAGAAAAGCCAACCCCGGCAAACCCCAGCAACGGCACGCAAGAGUGGAGGCAAGAAGAAGUGAACUGAUUGGCUAGAACCUUGUAGCCAUUAAAUUAGUCAUCUAUGACAAUGUGGUAGGAUGUGGUAGAUACACUAAUUUAGUGCAUCAGUUAUAUUUACAUCAAAACAUUUGUUUAUAAAAAGAGCGUUCUUUACCGUGUGUGGCUUAAAAAAAAUUACAUUAAUUGAAAUUAGUUGGCUAGUUCUACCAGCAUAUUCAAUACAAUGCACAGUAAUUCUUUAGUCUAGGAUACUUAAGGUAUUGGGGUAAUCAUUGCUUUUGAACAUCCAUCAUAGAAAAAAACCUGUACUGUUAUCAGAUUUUCUUGUUAUAAGUAUGAAAAGUGUCAUUAAAUACUUUAUUAAACACA